GAAAAAUUUUUUAUAAAAUACUUUUUAAAGUAUAUUAUACUUUCAAAGAAUAAAAUUUAUUAUGAAAAAAACAAAGACAUAACGAACAAAUAUAAAUAUAAUUCAUUUUUCAAAAACGAUUUUUAUAUAAAAUUUAAUCGUCUAGUUAAUAUGAAGAUAUUGAAGAAGAAAGUUUUUAAUAAACCUUGUCAAGAUAAAUAUUCAAUAUGUAAAUUGUGGAAAAAUAAUAAUUUUUGCCAUAAUUCAUUUUAUUCAAAAUCUUAUCGUAAUCAUGUAUGCCCUAAAAGUUGUGGUUUAUGUUAA